UCAAUCUUUCGACGGGAAAAGUCACCGGGCUCAAGAGUCACGACUAUCAUAUAUGGAUUGAGCGGCUGAUGCCGGUGAUGCUUCGAGGGUAUCUCCCCGAGAAAAUAUGGCGAGUGCUCGCGGAGUUGAGCCAUUUCUUCCGCACGCUCUGUGCUAAGCAGAUAUGUCCUAAGGUUAUUGAGAAGCUGCAAGUUCAAGUGCCGGAGUUGCUAUGCAAUUUGGAGAUGAUCUUUCCGCCAGGCUUCUUUACUCCGAUGGCACAUCUCAUUGUGCACCUCGCAAACGAGGCACUCUUGGGUGGCCCGAUGCGGUUUCGGUGGCAGUUUUGUAUUGAGAGAGAGUUCAAGUAUAUUCGGAAGAUAACUGGAAACAAAGCCAAGAUUGAAGCAUGCAUAGCUGAGGCAACGUGCCUUCGGGAGAUGGCAGAUGCCGCAACAACGUACUAUCCUGAUGAAGUUCCCACUCUGCAUAACCCGGUCUCUCGUUACAAUGUCGACGUGCCCAUGAAUGACCCCAAGCUUCAACUAUUCCAAUGUCCCGGUGGCAAGGCUGGUAAAGGACAAAAAUAUAGAUUGGAGAGGGAAGAGAAGGAUUGCAUAAUGCUCUAUGUGCUUAUGAACAUGAAGGAAGUGGUGGGGGGGGACGACGACGAUGGCGGUCACGAUUUCAUUAGCGAAUUCACGGAUGAACAGUGGUGGCUUCCGCGCGAUCCCACGGGCGCGGAGUUGGAGACUCUACUGAAAGAGGGUGCUCCCGAAGUAAAAAUAAACUUUGUGUCUUGGUUCAUGAAAAAAGUAAUGUCUAAGCUGUCCCUCUUACCUACCAAUAUGUGACUUGUCCCUGUUAUUCCACGUAACUAAUGCACACAACAAAUUUGAACCGUGCUUGUAGGGAGCUGAUGCAAACGUUGAGAUGACAGAUGAGUUGAGAUGUGUUUCUCAAGGUUGUAACCGUGACGUCAUGAAGUAUGAGAAGUAUGACGUGAAUGGGUUUCGAUUCCAUACAGAGACACACCAGAAGGGCCGGGCGAAUCCAAAAACGAUAAAUACUGGUGUCUUCACUAAAGGAUCCGAUACCUUUGAUUACUACGGGAGGUUAGAGAAUGUAUACGAGCUGACCUUCAACCGUACAAACAAACAACUCAAUCUCGUUGUGUUCAAGUGUCAUUGG